AAACAAAGCGCUAAUUAAAUUACCGUAAUAAUUUAUGUAUUUGCGCUACGUGAAUGGUUGGAUAUUAUACAAAACUUAAUUAUUGGUUAUAGGUGCUUUAACGGAAUAAUUGUUAACUAAAGAUACUGUUAAUUAAACGAAUUUGUCAAGGAAACGCUGGAAUAUGAAGGCAUCAAAAAACCGAUUGUCUAGCCUGGCUGAGGACAUAACCAUUCCGGAAGAUGCACCAUUUCGAGCCCGUCUACACAUACUUUUCGGCCAAAUUGAGAAGGAAUUUGAAUUGUUGUACUUGGAGAAUUUAACAUUGCAAGAAAAGCUCGACAACUGUAUGAAUAAAGACCUUAUAGCAUCAUAUGAACGUUCGGCCGGAGUAAUUGCCGCUGGUGGAAGUAGCGCGAAUGCCUUUGGAACACAUGCUUCUAAUACAGGUUUGACAAGUUCUGCUCAAGCAAAUAUUCUUACCACCAUGGGACACGAGGAUGUCGACACUCCGACGCUUGCACCAAUUAUUGGAGGUGGUGGCGGAAGUAAGGGCCUGAAAGCUAAGUUCACAUCAAGCAGUAGUAAGGUAAAGGCUAGUAAUAAAAUCAAAGCACAGACAAGUCGAAUAGUAUCAAGCUUCAAAGCGCAAUCAGUAGUUAGCCAAGUAACAAGAGAAUUUUGCGGGCAUAAAGACGGCGUUUGGCAAGUUACAGCCAAAGUUGGUCAGCCGAUUAUUGGAACAGCCUCUGCGGAUCAUACUGCUUGCAUUUGGAGCGUAGAGAAUGGCCGAUGUUUAUUACAGUAUCAGGGCCAUGCUGGUUCAGUUAAUUCUGUGAAAUUUCAUCAGAAUCGCGACCUGGUUUUGACAGGUAGUGGUGACGCAACUGCUCACAUAUGGCAGGCAGCUGUUAACUGGGAGUACUCCAAGCGAGGUCAUUCAUCGGAGGAGGAACUCGAAGAUAGUGACGAACAGAUAGAAGAUCGCGAUCGCGUUGACACUUUACGUACACCAUUGUGCGAGUUCACUGGUCUGGGCGGUCACUCAUCAGUAGUGGUUGCUGCCGACUGGUUGCCAAGCAUGGACCACAGGCAAAUAAUUACAGGCAGCUGGGAUCGCACAGCAAUCUUAUGGGACGUAGAAUCGCGUGAACCUAUACAAACUCUGACUGGCCACGAUCAUGAAUUGACACACGUAUCGGCACACAGUAGCCAGCGCUUGGUAGUGACAGCAUCACGGGAUUCGACGUUUCGUCUCUGGGACUUUAGAUGUGGAAUUCCUGCUGUAUCUGUCUUUCAAGGUAACACAGAGAGUGUUACGUCGACUGUGUUUGCACGCGACGAUAAGGUGGUAUCCGGUUCGGAUGAUCGCACAGUGAAAGUAUGGGAGUUGCGCAAUAUGCGUUCGGCUCUCGCCACAAUACGCACGGAUUCAUCAGUAAAUCGUUUGGCGGUUUCCAGCGGUGGAAUUAUUGCCAUCCCACACGAUAACCGACAAAUACGUUUAUUCGACUUGAAUGGACAACGAGUAGCGAGAUUGCCAAGGACAAGCCGUCAGGGUCAUAGACGUAUGGUAUCUUCCGUUGCUUGGGCUGAAGAGCCACUACUCAAUUGUGAUUUGUUUUCAUGUGGUUUUGAUCGCCGAGUAUUUGGUUGGUCCAUUAUUUUACCCAAAGACAAUUGAAAAUUACUAAAAACGGCAAUGUUUUAAACAUAAUUUUAAAAUCCUAAAUCCGGGAAGAAAUUAUACACAUCAAAAGCAAAAACAAGAUGGCGAAAUCACGAAUUUAUUUAUAUGUUUAUAACUUGUAAGAUUAGUUGGAUAUCUGCUUAAAAGAGUAGUUUCCAACAGUAUUAACAAACGAGGGUUACAUCAUCUUCAUAUGCAUAUGUAUCUUUUUUCAUUUAUUCGCGUUUACGACAAUAACACCUAUUGUCUUAUCUUGUAAUAAUUAAAUAUCUAAUUUAUCAAUUAAAUUUAAAUUAUGUAUUUUAUUUUUUGAAAUUGCAAAGUUUUUUAUAUGAAACCCAGAUCCUGAAACACUAAAGAAAAAAGUUGCAAUAUUAUUUUCAAAAUGAUCUACGUACAUUUAUGUAUGUAUCUCCAUAAACGAAUUUACUCCAUUAUUCUUUUUUUUUUUCAGUAAUACGAUGAAGGUGCUUUACAAAGCCUAACAUACCUAAGAAACUUUACAGCUUUAUGUAUAUAUGUCUGGGCUAUCACAAAAUCCAUCGUAAUCCGAUUUUUUGUGAAUUCUACGAAAAUGCUAUCAUGGAAUUCGAAUAGCUGCGAGCGUAGCGUAUACUUUGAAUACACACGUUCGUGGCGAUUCGGAUUCAUUGAUCGCUUUUCCGUAGAGUUCACGAAAAAUCGGACUACGAUGGAUUCUGUGAUAGCCACCAUUAUAAAAAUUCAUGUAUAUGUACAUGAAAAAUACAUGUGAACAUCAUUUGCCAAAUUUUAAAAUUCAAUGCGAAUAUAUUUAACUCUGCAUUAAUUAACUGCUGAUUGAUGUUU